CCGCCAAAAAGAAAACAGCAGUAUUAAAAAAUGGUGUCAGAAAAAGAGACGGCGGCUAUCCGCAGGUUUAUAGUUCGGCAACUUCGUGAUGAACCAGACUUAAGCACCUUGACGAUUGCAGUGUUAAGAGAGAGAUAUAUGGCCCAUGUGAAAUGUGAUUUAAGUUCUGAAGCAAAAAAACUCAUMAAAGAUGUGGUGAAAGAAGAAGUUAUAAAAAUAAAGAAAAAUAAGAAAAGUGAAAGUGAGUCUGAGAUCACUACGCCCCCAAACAAAAAGAAAAGAGCGAGGGAGCAGAAAGAGGUGGGAAGUGAUGAAGAAAAACGACCUACAGCAAAAAAAUCACGAGCUUAUCUUUCAAACUCAUCAUCAGAUUCGGAGGAUGAUGGGGACUGCAAACCAAGAAGUUCGAACAAAAGAAAACCAAAACCCAAUGAUGCAAAACAAGAGCUAGAGAAAAAACCGACCCCACAGAAAGCUGGAGGUGCGAAGGAGGAGAACACGAGCGAUGACUCCUCAGACGAARAGGCGAACGGAUCAGAAAAAAGCAGCACCAAGAGUGACAGUCCAGAGAAAACUGUGAAAGAGGAAGCAAACGAUUCAAAGGACGAAGAGMCGAGAAAAAUCAGCACAAGUGUCGUGAAGAAAACCGCAGAGAGUGAUCAGCAGAGCGAUUCAGAGAAGUCCGAAAAAAGCGACAAGMUCAACGACAGUGAGUCCUCGGACAGUGAAAAAGAAGAAAAUGCCUCGGCAGAAAAGAAAAACGACUCCAGCUCAGAUUCAUCAUCCCUGCCUUCUUUGGAGGAAGACAAUAAGAGUGCGACAGAAGGUGCAAGAGAGGACAAGAAGAAAAAGAAAAGGAUGAAGAAAGAACCGAGCGCUCGAGGCCAAAAGGAAGAUGACAAAGCAGUCGUACGGCUCAAACGUUACAUCGCUCUCUGCGGGGUGAGGARGAACUACAAGAAGCUGCUCGAUGGCUGCCACUCCACUCGCUCCAGAGUGGCCGUUUUAAAAAGGGAACUCGAAGGUCUCGGUGUCCACGGUCAACCAUCUAUUGAGAAAUGUAAAAAAAUCAGAGUGAAGAGAGAACAAGCCCAGGAGGUUGCUGAGCUUGACGUUGGCAACAUUAUCACCACAGAAGGACGUCCUAAACGCAGAGGAAACUCAGCGAGGCAGGAGCUGGUCCCGCCUUCUUCUACUUAUCAGCGCACUCUGAACUCUGGCUCUGAGAGCGAUCAGGAAAACAACACAGAUGCAGGGCGCCGAAAAAUGUCCGAAUGGACCAACCUGCGGGGGAUUAUCAGUGAUGAUGCAGACAGUGACUAAUAAUGACAGUUUUUUUCUUUUCUUUUUUCUUUUGUGUUUAGUGUUGACUUAUUUGCUUUGUGUUUGCUGUUUAACUACAAACUGUGCAAAGUAUUUGUAAACAAAUAUAAAAGUUAUUAAAGUUCUUUGAAUAAACGUUUAAUGUUUGAAUUAACAGAAAAAUAAUGCUUUUUGUGGUUUAAAAAUGUAUUGAAUUACAUGUAGAUUUUUAUACUAUGAUUGUUGA